UUCUCUUUUCGCGCAUAGUAGGCAUACAGUAUAAAAUAAACCUUUUUCCCAGCGCAUUUACGCAAGAUAACUAUUGCUAUUAAAAAAAAUCAAGCGAUAUUAUCUAAAAAACUUGAUCCACCAAUAAAAUCUCAAUAAAAUUACUACGCCUAAUCAUGUCCAGUUUGUCAUUGCUCAACUCUUCGGGAGUCAUGCCUUUUUUGACCUUAACCGCUGUUUUUUUGUUCAUUGGUCCAGUGUUAAUCAUAGGGAUCGCUACCAUGUGGUCAAAUCUCAAACAAAAAAUUUCCGAUGAACUUUCUGCAUAUGUCAAUAGAAUCGUCAAUGAUCUUGAUACACCGGAAAUCGAAAACAUCUUCAGUAAACUCACUGCGGAAAUUAAUUCUAAAAUCGCCAACGAACGGAGAAAUCGCUAAAAUCAAUUCACGUGAUGCUGGAUAUGCCUCUGAGGCGCAGAAAAUUUUAUCGAUGAUCAAUAAUGCGACCACAAGACUUGAUAAUAUCGAAGAAGCCUGCCGUAAUGAUUUUGGCAACAUUUCAUCUGAAUUCACUUCGAUCAGAACCUCUAUUGAAGCUCUCCGAAAUGAAAUGAUCCAAUGUUAUGCAAUUGCCCAAAGACUUCAGGUCGAAUUGAUCAGUUGAGUGUAGCCAACCAUUCCUCUAGUAGCGAAAGUUUUUCUAGUCGAUUAUCUGAUUCAUCUUGGGGAAAAGAUUAGGAAAGAAACUGUAAAAAAUUUUUAUUAUGGCGGAGGGGAUCCAAAGUUUAGAAUAAUAAUGUCAAUUAUGAGAUGGGUAGAUAGUAAAGAAUUUAGUGAUAGUGUAAAUAAUAAUGCGGAGUAGUGGGAAGGAACUGCCAUCCUUUUACUUGUGUAAAAGACGUCUAGGGGCGGGCAGGCAUAUUUUAUGCUUUUAUUCCUCCCUUUAAACACCACUACCCGUUUCAUUUUUUAGUCUUACGGCUUCUUUUCAUGUAAUAUUUUAUGAAAAAUAUAAUAAAAAGCUUUUUUUCACA